AUUCACCAGCGUUCGAGCCAAGCAGACAAGCAUCGCACGCGCGGAUCCGGCGGCCCGGUCUGCUCGAUUUAGCUGAUGAGCGAGUAGCGCCGUCGCGCCGAAGACGUAGAAGCUCGGACGUCGUUGACAAAAGAUUGCAGUCCCUGGGUGCAGCUCUUUUCCCCCAACACAGCAGCGCGACAACUACAAUCCACCUGUGUUCCCAUUUCCGGCAUCGCCGCUACUGCUGCUGCCUACAAUGGCGACUCCAGCCGCUGCCAGGCCGCUGGCUCGGUUGAGCGCGUCGAUGGGCUUGAAGCUGGCCGGCCAGCGCGGAUUCGCGACUGCGCAGAGGACCACGCCAUUCCAACAGCCACUUCGAGCUGCCAAUGCGACUCGGACGACGACACAGAUCCCUCGACUGCAGCUUCAGAGGGGCUUCGCCGACAAGGUGUCAGACAAGCUGCCAGAUAAGCAGCAGGUAAAGAAGGGAUCAUGGCGUUUCCUGAAGUGGACCUGGCGACUCACAUAUCUCUCUCUUGCUGGCACUCUAAUCUACACGGGCUACACCAUCUACGUCGACCGCAAUCCCGCUGAACAGGCUGAACAAGAUCCGAAUAAGAAGACAUUGGUCGUGCUGGGCACCGGCUGGGGCUCUGUCUCGCUCUUGAAGAAGCUCGAUACCGAAAACUACAAUGUCGUCGUCAUCUCCCCACGAAACUACUUCCUGUUCACCCCGCUCCUCCCAUCAUGUACCACCGGCACCAUCGAGCACCGCAGCAUCAUGGAGCCCAUCCGCAACUUCCUUCGCCACAAGAAGACUCAGGUCAAAUACUAUGAAGCUGAAGCGACCAAGAUCGACUACGAAAAGAAGGUUGUCUACAUCAAUGAUGACUCCGAGGUCAAGGGCAGCGUUUCAUCGAAUCAGGUCCCCUUCGACAUGCUGGUGGUCGGUGUUGGUGCUGAGAACGCCACCUUUGGAAUUCCUGGUGUGCGCGAGCACGGCUGCUUCUUGAAGGAAGUCGGUGAUGCACAACGUAUUCGAAAGCGAAUCAUGGACUGCUGUGAGACUGCCUCGUUCAAGGACCAAUCGCCAGAGGAGCGUAAGCGUCUGCUGCAUAUGGUUGUGGUCGGUGGUGGUCCAACGGGCGUCGAGUUCGCCGGUGAAUUGCAAGAUUUCUUCGAGGAUGACCUCAAGAAGUGGAUGCCCGAGAUUCAGGACAACUUCCACGUCACUCUCAUCGAAGCUCUGCCAUCUGUUCUGCCCUCAUUCUCCAAGAGUUUGAUUGAUUACACCGAAAAGACGUUCAAGGAGGAGACCAUCGAUAUUCGCACAAAGACAAUGGUUAAGAAGGUGGAGGCAGAGCACAUCGAAGCCGAAUACACCAACGCCGAGGGACAAAAGGUCACUGAGAAGAUUCCUUACGGUUUGCUCGUGUGGGCCACUGGAAACGCGGUUCGACCUAUCGUGAAAGAUCUCAUGAAUCAAAUUCCCGCACAGAAAGACUCUAGACGUGGAUUGGCAGUCAAUGAGUACCUUGUUGUGAAGGGCGCUGAGAACAUCUGGGCUGUCGGUGACUGCGCCGUUGCGAACUACGCACCGACUGCACAAGUCGCCUCUCAAGAAGGUAGCUUCCUGGCGCGCCUGUUCAACCAGAUGGCUAAGACCGAAGAGAUCGAGGCCAAGCUCAAGGUACUCUCGGAAGACCAAGAAAAGGCAGCAAACCAGGAGGCCCGCAAUAAGGUGUUUGAGCAGAUCAAAGAUCUUCAAAAGCGUCUGCGCCGCGUGCAGCAAAUGGGCCCAUUCGAGUACUCGCAUCAAGGAUCCUUGGCAUACAUUGGCAGUGAAAAGGCCGUUGCUGAUAUCUCUUGGCUCACUGGAAACCUUGCAAGUGGAGGACAAUUGACCUACUUGUUCUGGCGAUCGGCAUACUUGAGCAUGUGCUUCAGCACACGCAACCGCAUCUUGGUCAUCAUGGACUGGGUGAAGUCCUCGCUUUUCGGCCGUGACGUCUCGAGAGAGUAAUUGCCUGCCCAUCUCGAGAUCGGUCAAGGUGACCUCUCAUGGCGAUACCUGCCUUGAAUACGAUACCCUCCCGAAAUCCCUAUGUAUGUAACAAGAAUCGGAAGCGAUCCGAAGGUUUGUGCGAGUAAACGAGAUUUGUGUUAUUACAAAAAGACAGCGCGACUGAGCGAUAGAUGUUGUGUUCCAUACAGAGACGAAAUUUCAGGCUGCCAUCGGUUACGACGAUGGUCCUACAUGACAUUCAGCUUCACAAAGUUCCUGCCUGAUAAGCACAUUCAUCCUCAAGAAAAUGCUGACAAUCUCUCAUCUCAC